GCAUCUUUGUAUCCUCCAGCCCAUCAUCACAUCAGCCUCCAGUCCUCUCUGCUGACAGCUCAAAGGCAGACCCUGCCACUUGUUCCUCCUCAGCCUCUACACUUCUUUGACUCUUGCAGCAAUCCUCAGCCACCCUCUUCUCUUAAGCUGCUGCUGGGUUGCCUGGCUCACCGGCCCAGAGGAGAAUCAUGGUUGCCACCUGCUUGCACCUCACGGGAUUUGUGGCUAGCUUUGUCGGCUGGAUUAGCAUGAUUGUGGCAACGUCCACCAAUGACUGGGUCGUGACUUGCGGCUAUACCAUCACCACCUGCAGGAAGAUGGACGAGCUGGGGUCCAAAGGGCUGUGGGCAGACUGUGUCAUGGCAACGGGCCUCUAUCACUGCAAGCCGCUGGUGGACAUCCUCAUAUUGCCAGGGUACGUCCAGGCAUGUCGGGCUCUGAUGAUUGCAGCCUCUGUCUUGGGACUGCCAGCUGUUUUUCUUCUGGUGACUGUCCUGCCUUGCAUCCGGAUGGGCAACGAACCUGGAGUGGCCAAGUACAGGCGUUCCCAGUUGGGAGGAAUCCUGCUAAUACUCUUGGCUCUGUGUGGCGUUGUGGCUACGAUUUGGUUCCCCGUGAGUGCUCACCGUGAAACCAUGAUCAUGAGUUUUGGAUAUUCCCUUUACACGGGCUGGAUUGGGUCUGCUCUUUGCCUUUUUGGUGGGUCCAUCAUUGUCUGCUGCUCCGGUGACGCGGAAACAUUUGGCCAGAACCGUUUCUACUAUGGAUCUCGAUCCAGCUCCCCAACCCAUGCUAAAAGCGCCCAUGUAUAAAUGAUCCUGAGACUUCCUGCGCCUUUAUCACCAAAUGUUUCGAAACGGGUGGAUGAGUUUUCUUUGUGCUCCAGGUGUUAUGCUUGCUUGCAUCUUUGCGCACAGGUUGACCGCAUCCCUUGCAGAAGAUUUAAAGAAACGGUGUGAUAUUUCUUAAGCAAUAAACUCCACUGGUUUGCCUUAAUAGAAACCUGUAGCAAAAAAAAGACCAGGUCAGCCCUUAUAUACGUCUCACUGCCCAAGGCUUAUAUAUUCACUGUUGAAACAUUAAGUUUUUUCCUCUUUCCUCCUUCUCCCUCAGUCUAGGAAGGUAGCUAACAAAUACACACCUGGAUUGUUUGAAUUGCCAGUCUUUUUCUCAGAAAAAUUGACCAACAACUUCC